AUGGAGACGCUUACGAAGGAUCUCGAGAAGACCUCGGUUACGCCUGUCGCGGGCGAUGCCGCGGCUGCUCCGGACUCGGCGCAGAAGGUUACGCCGUGGGACGUCGAGGGUGGCUUCGUCGAUGGAAAGCAGGUGUCGAUCGACUACAACAAGCUCAUUAAAGAGUUUGGCACGAAGCCCAUUGACGCUGCGCUUCUCGAGCGCUUUGAGCGCGUUACCGGCCGCAAGCCGCAUCCUCUGCUGCGCCGCGGCAGCUUCUUUAGCCACCGCGAGCUUGACCUGAUCCUGACGCGCUACGAGCAGCAAAAGCCCUUUUACCUCUAUACCGGCCGUGGCCCCAGCUCCUCGUCGAUGCACCUGGGCCACCUGAUCCCCUUUCUUUUUACGCAGUGGCUGCAGGACGUGUUUGAUGUGCCGCUGGUCGUGCAGCUGACUGACGACGAAAAGUUCCUGUUCAAGAACGAGCUCAAGAUUGAACAGGCGCAAAAGUUUGCGUAUGAGAACGCGCGCGACAUUAUUGCCUGCGGGUUUAAGCUGGAAAAGACGUUUAUUUUCUCCGACCUUGACUAUGUCGGCGGCGCCUUUUACCAGAAUGUCGUGCGCAUUGCGCGGUACAUUACCGUAAACCAGUCGAAGGGCACCUUUGGCUUCAACGACAGCGACAGCAUCGGCAAGCUGCACUUUGUCGCCGUCCAGGCCGCGCCCUCCUUCUCGAGCUCAUUCCCCCAGAUCUAUGGCUCGAAGACGGACGUGCCGUGCCUGAUCCCCUGUGCGAUUGACCAGGACCCCUACUUCCGCCAGACGCGCGACGUCGCGGUGCGUCUCAAGUACCCCAAGCCGAGUCUGAUCCACUCCAAGUUUUUCCCCGCGCUCCAGGGCUCGCAGACGAAGAUGAGCGCGUCGAACGAGACGUCGAGCAUCUUUAUGCACGACACGCCGAACCAGAUCAAGAACAAGAUCAACAAGCACGCCUUCUCUGGCGGUCAGGAGACGCUCGAGGAGCAGCGCCGCCUGGGCGGCAACCCCGAUGUGGACGUCAGUUUCCAGUACCUCACCUUCUUUGUCGACUCCGACGAGGAGAUUUCGCAGAUUGCGGAGGACUACCGCGCCGGCCGCCUGCUCACUGGCGAGCUCAAGAAGCGCUGCAUCGCCGAGCUGCAGCGUGUCGUGAGCGACUUCCAGAAGCGCAAGGCCGAGGUCUCGGACGAGACGCUGAAGCAAUUCAUGGAUCCCACGCGCAAGAUCGACCCUACGCCCCCGAUCCCCCACAGCCAGGCCGCGCCACGCAAGCACGGCGCGCCGCUUUCUAUGCCCAUGUCUGGAGUGAGCGUCGCGCGGGUGUAUCCCGACGCGAAUGAGAAGCACGGUAGAGCGUGGUGGGAUUAUGACAACCUGCAGUUGCAAUGGGGAACCCAGGACCAUUUUGAGAUCCUGCAAAAGGUCGGGCGUGGCAAGUAUUCGGAAGUGUUCGAAGGUAUUAAUGUCGCCUCGUCCGGCUACGAUAAGUGCAUUAUCAAGGUGCUGAAGCCUGUCAAGAAAAAGAAGAUCAAGCGCGAGAUCAAGAUCCUGCAGAACCUGAUGGGCGGCCCCAAUGUCGUGCAGCUGAUUGACGUGGUGCGCGACCCUCAAUCCAAAACGCCCUCGAUCAUCACGGAGUAUGUGAACAACACCGACUUCAAGACGCUUUACCCUCGGUUCUCCGACUUUGACGUCCGCUACUACAUCGCCGAGCUGCUCAAGGCGCUCGAUUUUUGCCAUUCGCGCGGCAUUAUGCACCGCGACGUGAAGCCGCACAAUGUAAUGAUUGACCACGAGAAGCGCCAGCUGCGCCUCAUUGACUGGGGUCUCGCGGAGUUCUAUCAUCCCUAUACCGAGUACAACGUGCGCGUCGCGUCGCGCUACUUCAAGGGGCCCGAACUCCUGGUCGACUUCCAGGAGUACGACUACUCGCUUGACAUGUGGAGUCUCGGCUGCAUGUUUGCGAGCAUGGUCUUCCGCAAGGAGCCCUUCUUCCACGGCCACGACAACUACGACCAGCUCGUCAAGAUCGCCAAGGUGCUCGGCACCGACGGCCUGUUUGCUUACCUCGAGAAGUACAAUAUCGAGCUCGACUCCCACUACGACGGCAUCCUCGGGCGGUACCAACGCAAGCCGUGGCCCCGCUUCGUCACGCCCGAGAACCAGCGGUAUAUCUCGGACGAGGCACUCGACUUCCUCGACAAGCUGCUGCGCUACGACCACCAGGAGCGCCUCACGGCGGGCGAGGCUCAGCAGCACCCCUACUUUGACCCAGUGAAGAACGCGGCAGGGAACGUGAGUAGCGAGAGUGCAUAG